CGGCGGCGGCGGCGGGGCCGGGCCGGGGCUGGGCGCUGGGGGGGGCCGGGCCGGAGCCGGAGCCGGAGCUGGAGGCGGGCGAAACUGGAGCGGCCGGGGGCGGCCACGGUGAUGAGCCGGGCCUGGCGGACGCGGCGCCAUCGCAGUCAGUGUAUUGAAGGCUUGAACUUGGGUUCUGCACAAGACAAAACAGGCAUCCUUAGGAGGAAGAGGCCUGGCAGAAGGGAUUCACUGAGCCGCCCCUGCUCCACUCCAUGUUGGCUGUGCUCUCAGGCUGGCGCCAUGCCCCCCCCUGCAGAGGUGACGGAUCCGUCCCAUGCCCCGGCUGUCCUGCGUCAGCUCAAUGAGCAGCGGCUCCGUGGCCUCUUCUGUGACGUCACCCUCAUAGCUGGAGACACCAAGUUCCCUGCUCACCGCAGUGUCCUGGCUGCUUCUAGUCCUUUCUUCAGAGAGGCCCUGCUGGCUUCAGCCCCCCUACCCCUCCCACCAGCUACAGGAGUCUCACCCCCCAACCCGGCCACCACCACAACAGCUGCCUCCUCUUCUUCCUCGUCCUCCUCCUCUCCACCUCCAGCUUCACCUCCCACUUCAUCCCCACCCCGGGUCCUGGAACUGCCAGGGGUCCCAGCAGCUGCCUUCUCUGAUGUCCUCAACUUCAUCUACAGUGCCCGGCUUGCUCUGCCUGGUGGCGGAGGGGACGGGGCAGCUGUGGCUGAGAUUGGAGCUCUGGGGCGGCGUCUGGGCAUAUCCCGCCUGCAGGGCCUGGGGGAAGGAGGUGAUGCCUGGGUACCUCCUGCCCCUGCCCCCAUGACCACCUCACAGCCGGAAGAUGACAGCUUCAGGUCUGGGCCUUUGCCUGCGGGGGAGUGGGAAGGUGAUAAGGCUGAGGCCCAGACCCCUGAUUCGCAGCCCCCCUUGCCCCGGAGGCCCCUUCCCUGCAAUCGAUGUGGGAAAAGCUUUAUCCACCCCAAGCGACUGCAGACCCAUGAAGCACAGUGCCGCCGGGGCGUCAGCACUCGACCAGGGAGCUCUGGUCCAGGUGGUCCUGCAGGAGUGGAUGCCUCAGCCCUGCCUCCAGCAGUGGGCUUUCAUGGUGGCCCUGAGCAUGUGGUCAAAGUAGUGGGGGGCCACGUGCUGUAUGUGUGCGCAGCCUGCGAGCGCUCCUACGUGACCCUCUCCAGCCUGAAGCGGCACAGCAAUGUACACUCCUGGCGGAGGAAGUACCCCUGCCGCUACUGCGAGAAAGUGUUUGCCCUGGCGGAGUAUCGCACGAAGCACGAGGUGUGGCACACCGGCGAGCGCAGGUACCAGUGCAUCUUCUGCUGGGAGACCUUUGUCACUUACUAUAACCUGAAGACCCACCAGCGAGCCUUUCAUGGCAUCAGCCCAGGCCUGCUAGCCAGUGAGAAGACCCCCAAUGGAGGCUACAAGCCGAAGCUCAAUACCCUCAAGCUGUACCGCCUGCUCCCCAUGCGGGCAGCCAAGCGCCCCUACAAGACCUACAGCCAGGGAGCCCCAGAACCCCCGCUGUCACCUAGCCUCACCACACCAGCCCCUGUAGUAAUGCCAGCCAGCCCCCCACCUGGCCCCCCACCUGCCCCAGAGCCUGGCCCCCCAGCCUCUGUCAUUACUUUUGCCCACCCAGCUCCCUCUGUCAUUGUUCACGGGAGCAGCAGCGGCAGUGGAGCGGUGGGCGGGCUGACUAGCACAGGUGGAGCCCAGGCUGCUUCUGUCAUCACAUACACUGCUCCCCCAAGACCCCCCAAGAAGCGUGAGUACCCCCCUCCUCCCCCUGAGCCUGCAGCCACGCCAGCCACACCAGCCAGCCCAGCCACUGCCGCAGGACCUGCCACAGCCACAGAGGAGGCCAAGGGCCGUAAUCCCCGGGCAGGAAGGACUCUGACUUACACAGCCAAGCCAGUGGGAGGGAUUGGUGGGGGUGGGGGUCUCCCCGUAGGAUCUGGCCGAGGUCCCUCUCAGACCCAGGCUUCACCACCACUGUGUCAGAUCACUGUGCGAAUCGGGGAGGAGGCCAUCGUCAAGCGUCGCAUCUCAGAAACUGACCUGCGUCCUGGGGAACUGAGUGGAGAGGAGGUGGAAGAGAGCGAGGAGGAGGAAGAAGAGGAGGAAGGGGAAGGAGAGGAGGAGGGUGAAUCGAAGGCUGGUGGGGAGGACCAGCUCUGGAGGCCCUACUACUCUUAUAAGCCUAAGCGCAAGGCUGGAGCUACGGGCACGGGCAACAGUGGGGGCAGCGUGAUGCCCAGAGGGCGCCGGCCACCGCGCUGGAAGCAGAAGCUGGAACGAAAGGGCUGGGAAGACACCCCUGCAGCUGAGGGCCCUGCAGGCCAUGGCCGCAGCGAGCGGAAGCACCGCUGUGGGGACUGUGCCCAGACGUUUGCCACCCUGAGGAAGCUGCAAAAACACCAGGAGGCCCACAGCGGGGGCCCUCACAGCUCUCGGACUGGCCGGAGGUCUUCCUCUCGCUUUGCCUGCCCGCACUGCGCUAAGGUGUGCAAGACGGCAGCUGCCCUGAGCCGCCAUGGGCAGCGGCAUGCAGCUGAGCGGCCUGGGGGCACUCCCACACCUGUCAUUGCCUACUCCAAGGGCAGCUCUGGCACCAGGCCUACAGAUGUCAAGGAGGAGGCCCCCCAAGAGAUGCAAGUGUCUUCAUCCAGUGGGGAGGCAGGUGGCGGAAAUGCUGCUGCUGAGGAAGCUUCUGAGACGGCCUCGGUCCAGGACCCUGUCAUCUCUGGGGGUGAGGAGCCCCCAGUGGUGGCAGGAGGGGGCAGUUAUGCAUACCCACCUGUGCAGGAAUUUCCACUGGCCCUGAUCGGGAGUGGCCGGGAACCUAGUGGUGGCAGGGGGAAAUCUGGGAGUGAGGGACCCGUGGGGGCUGGGGAGGGAGACCAGAUGGAGGGGAUGGGGGCUGCCAAAGUCACCUUCUACCCUGAGCCCUACCCACUUGUCUACGGCCCCCAACUUCUUGCCGCCUACCCUUACAACUUCAGCAACUUGACUGCUCUCCCAGUUGCUCUUAACAUGGUCCUACCUGAUGAGAAGGGCGGGGGGGCCCUUCCCUUCCUACCCGGGGUCUUUGGCUAUGCAGUCAAUCCUCAAGCAGCACCCCCUAAUCCCCCAACUCCACCUCCCCCGACUCUUCCUCCACCAGUCCUCCCUAAGGCAGAAGGGGAAAGGGCAGGGGUUGAGAGAACCCAGAAGGGAGAUGUAGGGUGAGCCCUGGACUCCAAUCUUCCCUUUCACCAGAUGCCACCUUCCCCAAAUCCCUACCAAUACUAGCUCCCUGGCUUCCCUGCCCCUUUGGAGCCCCUUCACAUUCUUGUGCAGGGACUUGGGGCCCCUGGACUCAGGGGCCAGGCUGCUUUACGUGAGAUUGUAGUUUUCCCACCUCCUGGGAAGGGAUCUUUGGCGUUCCCCUCUCAGUUCUCCUCCAGGGAAUGGCCUCCAUGAGGGGCAGGGCCAGCUUCUAGCCCUUGGGGCAACUGAGCAAUAUACUUAUAUGAAUCUCUACUCACAGCCCCCACCAGCUCUGAAUGUCUAACCCACCCCUUGAUUUGUAAACCCAGGGGGAAACCAUCUCUCUCACCUAACGACCUCCCUCAUUUCAAAACAACUUUCCCUAAGCUCUUUCCCAGAUGCUUCCUAGCACAUUCCAUUCUUCAUGGCCCAGGGCCUGGACCAGACCAUUGUGAUAACUGACCCCCCUACCCCCAGCUGGAAGAAUGACUUUGGAUUCCAUUCUUCCCAAGGGUGGACUUCUGUGUCCCUGUUUUCUUCACGUUAAGAUGCCAUGCCUUCUUUGGCUUCCAUGCCUUUUGAUCUUCCAUAUUCCUUUUCACACUCCUAGACUCUGGAAAUGGCCUUUCCCACUCCAGGUCAAGGAGGUACUGAGGGGAGGGCUACACGUCUGUUCCAUGGCUGAGCACAUUCCCAGCCCAUGGCAGCAACAACAGUCUUGACCCCCAGAUCCAUUGAGCCCCAGACUCUUCUAAGGCAAAAGAGGUGAGUAGAUCACACCCCUUUCUGCCUCUCAAUAUGGUAAUUUCUGGGCAAAACUAGACUUAUGGGACAGGAGGGAGGAACUUCAUGUUCUUUGGGGAAGGGUAUCUGCUUUCUCCAACCCCCCCCCCCCAUAGUUUCUCCCAGACUAGACCAAAUAGCCAGAAAAAUAAUGGAGUUGGAUAGGUGAGUAAGCCCAAGAUUUGCACAUGAACCCGUCAUUAUUUUUUACCCCUUCUCCAGUGUCACUCCCCUUGCCAAUCACUCCCGAUGGUUUUUGGGGAACCGUCCUAUUCCUUAGGUGGGCUUUGUUUGGGGUAUCCCCACCAGCUUUCCCUCCAAAAAUAGCACCUUAUACCCUAUCUUUGACUCAGUUCCCCACACCCAAAGAUCCCAGCAUAGGGAUGAGGUGAAGGACCUAUUUAUCCCUAGUCCCUAAUUUGCACUAGUUAACCCUGGUCAGGGGUCGCUAUGUUUCCUUCCAAUGGGGGCAAUGAAGAAAUGUUUAUUCUUAAUUCUCUGAUAACUCAGCCUCCCCACUCUAAUUAGAUGAACAUUUCCCAUUCCCUAUUCCACUUACCCACUUUCUCCACUAAAACACACACACACACACACACACACACACACACACACACACACACAACAACAACAACAACAAAAACUCAUGGGGAGAGCGAGUUUUGGGGAGCAACUUUAAUAUAUGGGAAUUAGAGGAGUACAGUUUUAAAAAAGGGGAAAGUUGCUGUCAUUCCAAAUGGCAGUCUAUUCCCCAGCUACUGUUUUCUAGGGCCAAAAUGGCUGCCCUCUGGCUAGAUGCUGAGAGGGCAAGAUCACGGCUUUUGGAGGGAAGUGAGUUUGGGGGAGGGACAGGAGCAUCUUCCUGCUUCUUACCCUCCCAGCUUAUAGGGAGGGGAGAAGUUUUUAGCAGGCUCCCUGAAUGUUACUAAGGAGGAGUGCUGUUCCUUCACUCCUCCUCUGCCUCUUUGCACUUUUCUUGGUCUUGGCCACAAUCUGAGUGAAGAGUUUCCUACUGAAUGUACCAAGUUCCAAUUUUUUUCUGGGGGGGGGGGGGGCGAGAGGUUAAAAUAGGGAAAAUGCAAAAAAAAAAAAAUCACUAAAAUUUCCCACAAAUCUUGUUUCUGGCACUUUAGAAAAAAUGCGAAAAAAUAUGUAAUAAAGAAUACAUAAAUAUAUAUCUACACACAAGUUAUAUAUACAUAUAUACACACACACACACAGCGGAACCACAGGAAAGACCGAGGAAGACCUUGAGGCGGAGGGAAGAGGCAAUGGUUCCCUUUCUAGCCUUAUCUUGUACUCCUCUGUGGCAACAUCACAUGGGAGAUGUUAGAGUGAAGGAGAAACUGGAAAUUUGAAUUCAAGAAUAGGUCAAAAUUCUUAUUUUGGGGAGAACUGAGGUUGUAGACAGUUUUUUUUUUUAAUAUGCUUUAGGAAAAUAGCUUCAGGAAUUGGUUCUGGUGGUUCUGGCUAACAAAUGAAUUUAUGGCAAAAUGAAGACUAAAAUACAUGUAUUUGAGUUGAGGGGGUUGAAUAUUGUGAAUUUCAGACGUUAGCAAUUUGAGAGUAUUUUCAAUUUUGUCUUUUGAAAAUUACCAAGUCUUGUCAGUGCCCUCUUUCCCAUGUUCCCUGGGAAGAAGGGUGAUGGCAGGGUGGGAAGGCCACCAGUUCUGCGCCACAGCAACGAGACUUAGUGUUCUACAGACUCUAGCUCUAUGUAGUGAGGACCCAGAUUUAGAGGAACUGACCCAUAUUUAUCUCCGCAUUUGUGUGUGUGUCCAACUCUCUAGGCCAAUAAACCAACAAGACAAACAAACUGCUCUGAA